GCAGAUUGAUGGACGGACGGACGAACGGACUUGAAGCGAGUGACAGGUGGUUUGACGUUUCGCUCGUCGCCAUCGUCGCUAGCGACAAGCGCGGCCUGCCAUAUUGCGCGUGAUAUUUCGAGGCGAGCGUUUCUCUCCGUCGUUAGUCGUUGUGUGACUCGAUGACAAAAUAAUUUUGCGUUUGAAGAGCAACGACCGUCAUCCGCACGUUCCCUGUUCACACCCUUUGGUCACGGCCCAACGAUCACGACAAGCAGCCUUCCACUACACGGCGCCGUUUCACGAGCGUGUGCAAAAUGUCGACCGGUCCAUAUAAUUAUUCUUAUAUCUUUAAGUACAUUAUCAUAGGAGAUAUGGGAGUGGGCAAGUCAUGCCUGCUUCAUCAGUUUACAGAAAAAAAAUUCAUGGCAGAUUGUCCACAUACCAUUGGCGUCGAAUUUGGGACUAGGAUUAUAGAAGUAGCAGGACAGAAGAUAAAACUGCAGAUAUGGGACACUGCUGGGCAAGAACGAUUCAGAGCAGUUACUAGAUCAUAUUAUCGUGGUGCAGCUGGAGCAUUAAUGGUAUACGAUAUUACACGUCGUUCAACUUACAAUCAUCUGAGUAGCUGGCUGACAGACACAAGGAAUUUAACAAAUCCGAGCACUGUCAUAUUCUUAAUUGGUAAUAAAAGUGAUCUCGAAGGUCAACGUGAUGUUACCUAUGAAGAAGCAAAGCAAUUUGCUGAUGAACAUGGUUUAAUGUUUGUCGAAGCUAGCGCAAAAACGGGACACAAUGUGGAAGAAGCCUUCUUGGAAACGGCAAAGAAAAUAUUCCAAAGUAUACAAGACGGGCGAUUGGACCUAAACGCAGCAGAAUCUGGUGUACAACAUAAUCCGAGUCAACCAGGUCGCACCAGCCUCCAAGGAGUAUCUAAUGAACAGCAGGGAGGAAAAGAUUCCUGCUCCUGUUAGGUCUUAUUAUUUGUUUGUAUAUAGAUAUAUUAAUUGAUCGGUACUAUUAAUGCAUAUAUGAUUUGUACUAAGUGUAGUUGACAGAUUGUCUUGUAGCUUGUAUCCUCCCUUUGAUAAGCGAAGUCCACUUAAAAAAAAGAAUGAAAUAUAAUUAAAAUGUUCUUUUUUUUAAUUAGCGUCAAUUUAUGAUAUUCAAUACAAUGUUAUAAGUACGUGACACAAUGUAGAGAUGUUAUAAAAAUAAUUCUGGUAAUGCUACUGAUUUCUAUGAGGCGCGGAGAGUCAGUAAUUUGUCGAUAAAAUGGCUUUUGUAUGAUUAUUGGAAUUUAUAUAUACUGUUUUCACGUAAACGUUUUAUAUAUUUCAUGCAUUUUUUGUGAAAUCGGAUCAAGGAAGAAUUCGUUUAUAGAAUAUACAUAUAAUAGCUUAUAUAUAGAAGCCGAUUAAUUUCUCUCAUAAGUUCGAUUGAAAAUUUCUGUUGGAACGACUUAACAGUGAACACAAGUGAUGGAAUUUACAUUCACAUAAUUUAUAUCUGCAACUAACUUAUAUCUGCAGGGAGGAUCAUAUUCGUUGUAACAUGCAAAUUCUUGCUUUAAAAGAAUUUAUUCAAUGAAAAUUAACUUAAAUUAUGAACGGUCAGAUUUUCCUUAAUCUCACUUUUUAAACCUAUUUUAUUUGAUAAGAUAUGCACAUUUACACAUUGCGAGCUUAAUGAUUUCAGUUAUCUUACAAAUUAAUUAUAGACGGGGAGAGAAAGUAGGGAUCAAAAGUUACUUUUUUUUAAUUAAUAUUUAAAAGAUACCUCUAUUCUUGAUGAAACAUAAAUAUGUAUACAUACAUAUGUAAAUUUAAAUAUUGUCUUUAGUGACAAAUUAAAGAUGGAAUUAUUCGUCUUUCGUUUGUGAUAUCAAUCGAAAAUCUAUUUUUUAUUUGUAGAAUUUAAACUAGCAAAUAUAGCUAUAUGUUAUUUGAAACUAUAUGAAACAAUUUAGCGUGAAAUAUUACCACACAUUUUUUCAUGUUUUUUUUAUCUACUCAGCGAAUCUCUAACUUAAUGUAUGACGCUUCUAUGCUUUAUAUUAGAAAACAGUAUUAACAAAUUAUUUUUCACAUUAUCUAUUAUAUUGAGAGCACAUAUAAACAUAUAAACUAAUUCAACAUUGAUAAAUUAAUUUGUGUGUUCUCACACAUAAAUAAAGUUACAUAAGCUCUAUCUUAUUAUGAUUUGAUAGUACAAAGGUAAUAUUAAUAUGGCUGAAGCUCCAUAAAGAAAUAAAAAAGAAAAUAAAAUAAGAGGCAGCAUGCAACGAACACGAUGAUUUACGUUCUCUUCAACGUUAUGUAACAUGUAAACACGAUUUAUAUUCAAUAAUAUAAGAAAAUGCAAAAGAUUGCGUCGAAUAAAUUUGACCAAAAUUUUAUUGAUCUUUUUGAAACACGGA